GACCAUAGUAAUAUCAUAUCCCGACUAAAACAAUAGCUACCUCUCCUGGUCCGGGACCACAUUUUCACAGGAGUGGGUAGGGCAGAUUUACCACCGCCGUGCCACUGUGUGGCAAACGCUGUCGAAACCUGGUGGGGAAAGAAAACGCGUCUCUUAUAUUCACGUAAGUCUUCUCGAGUUGGAACUACUGAUGGCGAGUAACUCCUGGCUGCCUCUUUCAGCUGCGCUGCUAUUGCUCCUGAUAAUGUGGGCUAUGCGGUGCAGCGGGCUUACAGUGGACCCCCCUGAGGACCUUGCGGUAUUCGACCCAGGUCAUCUUGGACGUCUGAAGAUUUCCUGGAGCCCCCCAGGCAGGUUGAUCAACAUGACAGAGUGCUCAGUAUCCUAUCACCUGGAGUACUUCGACACCUACAAGAACAGUUGGUCUGCCGUCAGGACUGCAUGGAGCACCUACAGUGCCCAGUUUGAUCUGAUGAAAGAUGUUAGAGUGAGAGUGUACACUAUGCUGCAAGGACCAUGCACCAACAAUGCGAUGGUGAUGAGUACAAACUACACUGAGCUCAUUCAGACACCUCCCAGCACAGGUGUUAGAGGUACCGAAGUCCAGGAUUUUAUCUGCAUUUACCAAAACCUGGAGUACCUGGAGUGCAAGUGGAAAAGAAGUCCAAAGAUGCCAGCAAACUCUCAGCAACAACUGUUUUUCUGGCAUCAAGAACUAGAACAGGCAGUGGAGUGCCCCAAAUACAUUGAAUCACACAAACACAGGAGUGGCUGCAACUUCACUGGAAAUCCUGUCCCUCAAUUCACAACUAUCAACUUCUGUAUAAAUGGAUCCUCCUCUGAAGGGCCCCUGAAACCAGCAUUCAUGUCCCUGCAAAUACAAGACCAUGUGAAGUCUGCUGCUACAGAGAAGCUGCAUCUGCAAACACGUCCAGACAAGCAGCUCCAACUAAACUGGGAGUGUCCUGCUGGGAGGAUUCCUGGACACUGCCUAGAGUGGGAGGUGGAACACCUUAUGGGAACUGAUGCCAAACCAUCACGGAUUAGCACCUUAGAGACAAACCUGACUCUGUCGUUCAGUGAUGACAGCGCGAGAAACUGCUUCAGGGUUCGGUCGAAACUGCAUAAAUACUGUGCAGAGAAGAGCUUCUGGAGUGAUUGGAGUCCCCAGACAUGUCUUCCAGAAAAGGAAGAAGAAGCUGCUCCUGAUGUGUCACCUGUCUUCAUUUCUGUUGCUGUUGCCAUUAUUGCCAUGCUGUUUCUGACUUUGUGUGUGGGGGCCAUUCUCAGAAUGAGGAAACCAAGACAUGAGAAGAAGCUGGACUCUCUGCUCACCAAACUGUUUCUCAAAAAUUCAGCUGUUGUAGCCAUGGAGGCCUAAAAAGUUAACACCUCUGAUCUUGUUCUGUCAUUGCAUUUGUCAAAAGUUGCUUACAGUCAGUGAGACUGACAGAGAAUGGGAGAAAGAAGAAACCUGCUAACAUGUUACAGAGGAUAUGCAAGUCACUUUCUGUAUUUACGUUUCUAUGCAAAUGCUUGAAUUUAUAUUAACAACUUUGUCUGUUAACUGGAAAUGUUGCACCCAUCUAAAUUAGAUCAGGUACCCCCUCUCCUCAUAGCAAUGACACAGCAGUCAACCCCAGCAGGAGGCAGCCACAGACACACACAAAAACACUUUAGGAACAACUCAAAAAACAUGAAGAACAGCACAAGGAGUUGACCUGGCCUCCAAAUUCACUAGAUCUCAAAUUGAUCUAGCAUCCGUGGGACCCCUCCCCUCAACCCAUAGGACCAACACAAUUUUGGGGAGGUGGUCAUAAUGUUAUGCCUGAUUGGCGUAUCACUCAACUCUAAUGUUGGUUGUUUAGUUUUUGUGGUGACACUUGCAAGUUGAUUAUUUAGUUGACCGAUUUGCAAUUGUGUAUUAUUUUGGAACUCGUUUUUGAGGUUGUAAUGUUUGCCAGAUUUCUUGCCGGUUGCAGCACUUAACACAGGUUACAUUUCAUGAUGUGGAGAAUUUAUUUUUUUUUUGUUAAAAAUCUGUGUUUGUCAUUAAUUGUUUACUUUGUGCCUCAACUCUUGCCAGUUAGCUCAGACUAGCUAAAGUCUUUUCAAGCCAGUGAAGUCUUCAACCACAGAAUUUCUAAUACAACUGAAUGAAUAGUAGUGUGUUAUUUGUUUUAAUGCCACAAGUCUUUGCCAGUUUUUGCCUUUUGUUGUUUUGUGGUGAGUUUGAGAUAUAACUCAUCAGAUAUUACUAUAACUUACUAUACCAUGUGCCAAAAUGCUUUAGUUGCAGGAAAUGUUACAUCAAAUGUACUUCACCCAUCCUCCGCUUUUUCGCAUUUUACUAUAUUUAGUCUGUUUUAAGCAAGUAGUAGACAACAGCAAACAUGCUUUUUGGGAUUGCCUUUAUUUCUAUCUGGUCAUUUCUAAUACUUUUAUGAAUGUAUGCUCAUACAUGAAUGUAUCCCAUCACUAUUUUGUUUUAUUUUAUUUCAUUUUGUUAUAUGCGCUUGGGGGUCUUGACAGCAACUCAACAUAAUAUAUAUUUAUCAUCCUUUUUCAGUUAUUCCUCAGUAAUGAUUCAGAGAUUAUUAGUAGUCACCUGCUUUAACAUGUGCUUUUAUGAAGCUAUAGAGUGAGAGCUCUUACAGCCUUUUGGGGUGUACAGUUUCACGUCAAUAUAUCAUGGCUGAUAUUGGACUUUUAAGUGUCCACAGGCAGUUUACUGUUUAAAACCUCUCCUUCAGUUUACACGCUGCUGUACAGGAAAGAAAUGUGGAACAAACACAGAUUAGAAUGUGUAAUUAAGCACUUAUUCUGGAAUUUGUGUUUAAAUUUGGCAUUUUGUAUAAAUCAGGUACUAUAAUUCUAGUUGUUGCAUUGAGUAGUUGUAUUACAGUAAAGUUGAAGAAAACAUUACUAAAAAGAAAAAAAUGAUACCUCUUUUUUAAAGCAAAAGUGAAGGUUGUGGGGAAAAAGCUUGUAUAUCAAUACAUAUUUUAUACAUUAUGCACUUAUUCUUGCCAUGUAAUGCCAAAUGCAAAUUGUAAUUCUACUCAUUAGCAAACAUUAUUGCGAUGUGUAUGACAACAUUUUGCUGUUUCUUUUAUUUUAAAUAAAGCAUAUCACAAAAAUUGA